AUGGAAAUCACGAUCUUUUACGCCAUUGCACUGGGGUGCUUACUGACAACGCUCUUCCUCAUUCGCAUAGCCCCUUCCUUUCUGAAUAUACUCAAAGUUUUGUCAUUCCUCAUUACGAAACACUUAACAUAUCCAUACUUGUGGGGUCGCCAUAGGCUGAUUGCUCCUUGCACUCGAGCAGAUGUCUUGUCAUAUCUCGCGUACGCUGUAACAAAUGUGUUCCUUGUUGUCUUCAAGACUUCGUCAACAACAAUGGCUAGAGACCGCGCCGGAACCCUUUCAGUGAUAAACAUGAGUUUCCUGUUCUUGGCACACCAUCUGGGAUUCCUUGCAAACGCCAUGGGUAUUUCUUUGAUGACGUGUAAGCGCAUUCAUCGGGCUGUGGGUUGGAUGACUGGCAUUCUUCUUAGUUUACAUAUCAUCAUGGCAAUGAUAGCUGAUCGGAAGAGCUGGAUACUUCGCGAGAAGCCCAACCUCUUCGCAUUAAUUGGCUCUGUGAUCAUGGCCGCAAUUCUAUUGUCAUCCUUCCCUUUCGUUCGCCGUUUCCUUUACGAGCCAUUCCUUCGACUGCACCAAGCCCUGGCCACAGCUUGCAUAUAUUCUGUAUGGCGGCAUCUGCCAUCCGGUACUCUGCUGCCCCGGCUGUAUGUUUACAUUCCGCUUGGCACAAUGCUACUUGCAUUGCUGGUCGAACUUUUCCUUUUCAUCAUUAGGAACGGUGUCUUCCCCCCACGUCCCUAUUCUCGUGCCUCUAUCAGAUGUGAUCGGGUGCAACAAACACCAAAACAGAGCAAAGAGGCAACACCACUGAAAGUAAGGAUUGCACUUACAAGGCCCCUACAUGUCGAGGCAGGCCAAUACAUAAGUCUCUGGAUACCCGCGGCAAGUCUAUUCUCCUGGGCCCAGACACACCCGUUUAUGGUGACAUCUUGGUCGCCAGAAAAGCAGGAUGUCCUGGAGCUUUUUGUUCAACCUCGAAAAGGCCUCACUGAGACUAUUCACCAUCGUACAGCCCUGGAUGGCUAUACUUCCUUGACAGCAUUUGUUAGCGGGCCGUAUGGAGUUAGCAAAUCCGUAGACCAUUACGAAUGCGUCUUGGCAAUUGCGACCGAUUUCGGCAUAGCAGGUGUGAUAUCCUAUCUUAAAAAGCUCCUCUACGGGUACAACACUUGCACGUCACAUGUGCGCCGGGUACAUUUCGUGUGGGAGGUGCAAACAUUGGAUAUUGCUGUUGCAGCCCAGCCACUUCUGAACAGCUUGUUAAGUGAUGAUAUCUUGGAUGAUGGCUAUGUGGGUUGGCUCUUCUUGUUUAACUAUACUCGCGCUGAUAGUGUGAUACAGAUACUCGAAAUGUCCUUUUUUGUGGCAUCAAACCAGAUGAUAGAACAUGGCAAGCCGUUCGGUCAGCAUCGCCGCGCGACAGUUUUCAAUGGAAAGCCUCGAUAUGAUGAAAUUAUAUCAGAAGAGGCUUCCGGGCGAAACAUAAAACGGCUGCCAAACACUCAUGAAGACCGCGGUGAGGUUCUGGUUAUGGGUAAGUCCAUCACUUUGAAUAACAAACCAGACGCUAACUUCCUAGUAUCCGCAUCGCAUGACGUACGAGAUCGUUUGAGAGAAUUAGUUCACACAUUAGUCUCUCACGGCGCCCCUAGACCCGAUAUCUCUGAUGAUGACCCUGUUGAUUGGGAUGACUGGCUCACUUCAGAGGCACUCCAGAAUGAAAAAUAUCUGGCUACCUCACAAUGCAGCUUUAUCAACACGGAGGACUGUACUGAGCGUCAGCAUUUACUGAAACAUGUCCCUCAGCUUCAUUUACAACGGCCAGAAGUCUCACUGCCAUCAAAUGGAACUUUACAAUUGACGCAGCCCACAGACAACAACAAAGAGAUAAUGACAACAUGUCUCCAAACGACAACUCCAGGCGCAUGUGCCUCUGCAGAAUGCGAAAACACAGAAAUCCAACCCCUCGUGAGCAACGAAAAAGGACAACCCAAAUAUUCAAAGCCCAGUGAAGAUCAUUCUAGUGCUUUCGGCAUUGAGAAUCAAAACCACAGAAGAGUUCUCACUUCACCAGAUUUCAAGUUUCUGGAAGUACUAGAGAUCGAGAUAGGAACCUUUCACAAUUACAAGCAUGUCGAUAACCGGACCCAGGCAGCUGAGUACGUUGACUGCAUUCCGAUAAUAUGUCAGAUUGCAACCGGCGAGACAAUGAGCGAAAGACAAGCCCGAGACGUCGAAGACUGCCGUGAUAGUUUGAUCACAAUUAUGCGAUCCGGCCAGGUUGCCACGUUAAAGUCUCUUUUAGUCAACUGUCACCUGCAUACCUUACCUAGUGUUGACAUGUUUGACUUGGAUUCGUCUCUGACGGCAUGCGUGACAUAUCUGAGGUACCUGAACUCGGUCACUGGUUCAGUUUCGAAAUCAGAUGAGGUGAAUCGCCGCCUUGCGCAGAUUUGGAUCCAUAUUCAUUUCGAAAAUCAUGCCAAUGAUUUGAAGGAAAGUGAGAAAAACGGUCAUCCGCUUAACCGAAAAGGUCGGGCAAUCCCCACGAUAGCUAGAGAUUCUAUCUUACAGGCUUUUCAUGGGAGCCAAUUCGUUCCGCAAAAAGCAGAUCGCGACUUUUUGAGCGAUCAAUGCCGCUGGGGCGAGCGUUGGUGGAAAGUUGCUACUUGCAUAGGGCUUGGUGUGAUCUUACUAGCCAGUGAAGACUUGGCAAAUCAAGUAGGCAGAAGAACAGCUUUUCAGAAUAAAAUGGUAGACACGUUGGCCAUUUAUGUUCUCAAUCGUUACCCAGCUCUGACCAGUUUUUAUCGAUCGUUUGAGCCUAUGGCAGUAGGCCUCAUGCUUGGAGGUGAUAAUGUCUUUUCCCGGGACCAACUAGACAUUUUCCUAGACGCGCUCGUGGAGGAUGAAGCAAACCCAUGCGAGCUAGAAAGAUGGGUGGUUCCCAACCUUAAAUCUCUUUCUAGACUUGCCGCUUCCCACCUAAUCUUUCGCCAGAGAUUCUAA